AUGUACCUUUUAUCUAGCUCAAUUGGUACACGAAAGUAUUGUUCAUUCCGACACAUGUGGAUACUGGAACCUCAAAUAAAUAAACUGAUCGGACGAAAUCUUGCGGGAAAUAGCAGCAGUUCUUAUGCUAUAUCUAAUGGUAUUUCGUAUCCAGAUAACAAAAGCCCAGAUUCUGAAUCCAUUUCGGCUUUUAGAUCAGAUAUUUGGUCAAGCAAUACCACGUCAUUGUUUUCGAGAAUAGAUCUUGGAUGUCCAGUCUGUCAGCAUGAAUUUUGUUUCAGUUUAUUACUGUGUGCCACUGAGAAAGCACAAAAUCACUUACUGGAAAACACUGAGAAAGUUAUUCGUGACUUGCACACUAGACUUCAUGCUGUUUCAUUGGAGUGUACUGUUUUGAGAUCAGAACUUGAAGUAAUCCAUAAAGCAUUUACUUCAAAAUGUGAAGCACUGAAAAUAUUAACCUUAAAUGAUUCUCAGUCAUCUGGAAAAAGCAAUGAAUUGCUAAAUGCUGUCUACGCUUCAAAUGUUGAACUAAAAAAGGAUAAUGAAAGACUGAAAAUAGAGCUUGAAUUAAGCAAGGGUGAAUUGCUGUCACAGCAUCAAUCAUCUGAAGCGAAAAUCCAACAGCUGCAAAUGGAAAAUGAAAAUCUCGUUAGACAGCUAGAAAAUUUACAACUGAAAACCAAACAACUAUUAGAAGAGAACAUUCAUCUUUUAAGAAAAAACAUGGAUCUAAGCUGCACAUCCUCAUGUGACAGACCAACUAAAGAAUCAUUUGACAAUACAAGGUCAGAUAUGGUCACUGAAAUUUAUCUGAACGAAAACUUUCUACAAAAAUUAACAGAUCAAGAAGCUCCUCUUACAUCGGAAACGGCACUGUAUUCACUGGAGAAUCAGCUCAAGCCAUACGAUAGUGUAAAACAAGUUUACAGAAUAAUAAAACCAACCAUGAAAAGCGCUCCAGUCCCUCAGUACAGAUUUCCAUCAUUUUUCAGCCGCCUACGUUCAUCUGGAUCAGAGAAAGUGGAAGUUAAUCGAUGUCGAAAACUACGCAAAUCGUCUUACACUGAGAAAGACAGCCAGUGUGACCUUAUUUCAUCUCCUUACCGAAAUCCUUGUAUUAAAGAAAUCCCUAUCUCCUUGAAAUGUAUGUGUGAGAAAAAAUCUGAAGUACCCUGCACAUGUGCGCGAACCGCUAUUGGUAUCCAGCGACAGCUUAUACGGUGUAGAUCCGAGUUGUCUAGAAUGAGAAAAAGACUGGAAGAACUAGAGAUAAGUGAAGAUGCUCAUCGACAUGCAUUGAAAGAACAAUAUGAGAAAAAUAUAAAUAUGUCUCUUCACCUAGCUGGUAUUCUGCCUUAUACGCCCAUCGAUCUAAUAAAAUCUCCGAAUUGCGUACUGCCUGCAUCAGUAUGUGAAAAUUCAUCCAGAAUAUCUCCAGUCAAUAUAGAAGAUCAUUCAAUAGUCCCUAAAUAUUCAUCAACAGAAUCCCUCAAUAAUCUAUUAACAUGGUUUCAUAAAAUUUUAAAUACAACUUCAACGUCAAUGAAAAAUUUAUCCUUACCAUCUAGUAGCAGUCUACCAUUUGAUCAAAAUAAAGAUGAUUCUAAUUGUUCAGAAUACACAUAUCCUAAAGAUGAAUUACAAGAACAAGAGCAGGCUAAAGCCAAUACAAGUAAUUCACUAAAUGAAUGUUAUGCAUACGACUAUGAAAAAAUUCCAAAUUUUGAUAAACUUAAUAAAUCGUAUAAUGGCCCACAAAAUGGUCAAAUUUCUUUGGCUACAAAACGAAAAAUCAAAAAAACAAGUAGUAGAAACACAAAAACUCCGGCAUCAUUUCAAUCAAUAGAUAUUAACAACCAUGAUAAAUUGAAUAGUGAACCAGCGUGUGUACAACAGCUGAAUAAUGGAUCAACAUUACAAAAUCCUAUCGUUUAUCAGCGUAAAACUUCCAGAUCAUCUUCUAGACAUGCUGACCGACUGAAGUCAAGAUGUCGAUCAGUGGAUCACACAAUUAUGCUCCAAAUAUCUAAAGAUAAAAAUAUUAAUGCUGCAUUACCAGAAUAUCCUUUACCUCUGGUGGUGAAUGAUCCUACAAGCUUAACUCUCCAACAAAAAUUGGUAUGUGAUAAGCGCACUCGUCGCUCAUCUUCAGCUCUUUUAUGA